AAAAAGUUUGUAGGCCUACUCAAGCUGCCAAUCAAACUGUGCCAACCGGAUCUAGAGAAUUGAUUAUCUUAUUGAUAUAUUUUAAGCCGAGGUAAGAUUUCAGUCAUACCUCUUAGUUGAGUGUUACGAUCAUCACCGUCCGUCACGGCUGUCAAUUUUUCAUUAUUCAUCCUUUUUAUAAUAAUUCUUGUCGUCGACCAGUUUCGUUGAAUCGUCUAAUAUCGUCAACGUUAUGGUGAUCAUCUUCGGCGUCAUGGCCGUCGUCGUCAUUCUCUUAAUCAAGUCUUCUCCAUAAUUUCUCAUCCCCGGCCAUCACACAAUCUGAAUCAUACGUCUUCUUAUACAAUACUGAAUGCGUCACAAUAUUCAUUUCUUAAACUGUGAGAUGGCUUUUAUUAGAGGGGUAAGAAUGAAUCGCAAUUAUGAUGCCUUAUAUCGUACUUCAGAUUCUGUUUCUGUUGUGUUUAAUUCAGAUUUUGAAUUAUGAUUUUUUUUCAGAUAUUUACCGAAGGAUCCUCUCAAGAAGUUAAGGAAUCUGGGUUUAUUGCUCUUGGAUGCACAUGGGGGAUGGGGUCUGACCUCUCCGAUAAAGUUCAAACAUGAUCAAUAAUGGAAGUAUAAAAAAUAAAGAAAAUGAGAGGAGAAAAGGGUAAAAUAUAUCACUAAUUUCUCAGUUUAAAAGAAGUUCCACCGCCAAGACAAACAAAUGAGAAAAGGAAAGAAAAUAAAGGAAAGGGUUUCUCCUCAUGUGUCAACUCGGAAUAUCUCUUCUCAUUUCUGUUGAGAUAAGAGCUUUCGACGUAUGCCCUGUCCAGCAAUGUGCCGAGAUAGAAGGGUCGCAAGUAUCCUUAAGCCGAGCUCCAAGGCCAGGAACUACCGUGGUUCCGCAUCGCAUUUCAUAUUCACGUUGUGUGAAACCGGCAUCUGGAAUAUAUGUCUUCCUAGCCGGGAGCGAUUCAAUUUUUAGUAGCAAACUAAGUGGCCGAUACAAUCCACUAACCACUUACUACAGCUUGUUUAAAGACCACGAGGGAGAGGUCGGGGCCACGCAUUUCUCUGUCGAUUCUCUUGGAAGCAAAGUGUACUGGACAGAAUUGGCUAAAGAGACCAUUCUUAGGAGUGACAUAGAGGAUGCAGCAGGCGCGGAAACUAUUUUGACGUCAGAAAGAGCACUAUUUAUUCAUGUGCUUGAAGAAACUCGUGAGAUAUAUUGGCUCUCGGAUGAAGGAACAGAGAAACACCUGAAAAAGGCAUUUCUUGACGGAAGCUCGCCGUCAACGUUAUCCAUCGACCAAACCAAUAGCUGGGUGUGCUUUGCCAUGGAUAGUACCAAACGAAGAGUGUAUCUUGGAGGAUCGGAUAACAUCAUGCAAAUCGAUGUCAGUGGGCUUACCGUCCAAUCGAGAAAUUUUGUCAACGACACUCGCACUUCGUUUUUAUAUUUCCAUAAAAGUGAGCGUCGACUCUUUUGGGCAAACAAUCUUCUUGACGCUGUGCAGUAUACCGAUGUGGACAACCCUUCGGUUACGAAUAUCAGUAUAACCAUGAUAACCGGAAAGAUACUUAGUCUGGCUGUUAUCAGGUCUACUAUUUACAUAGUCGGAGAGGUACCACCAAAGGGACUUACUUCAGGCAAUCUUAAUAGAUUUGAUGUAUCAACUGUCAAGACUGUUUAUUCGGUUCGAAAAAAAUCAACCGGUUUUAAUUCUGGAUCAGUUGGAAUAACAGCGAUGAUUUUCAUCACUGAAAUUGAUUGAUUGCGGUAGUGGAAUACUAGUAGUGGGAAGCGGGGUUGCUAUAGGGUUGCUGAAGCACCCCCAAGAUUUUCCGGGGGCGGUGCUGCGUGUACUAUUCUCCAUAGGCAGCACCCCGCACCCCUGGAAUUGUGGUAGGUGUGCAAAAAUAGAUCAAUGUAACAAAAUUGAUCUACAUUUUUAGUGUACCUCCCCUUUUGUCUUGUAAAAUUUCUCGGGACCAAUAUUACCUUUAUUUUUUAUUGGUACCUUACAUUUUCUUGCCGAGAAUUAUAGACGCCGCUUUUCCGACGGCGGCGGCGUCAACAUUGAAAUCUUAACCUUAGGUUAAGUUUUUGAAACGACAUUA